ACAUUAAAGAAAACAGAGGAGGCGCUAAAUUCUGUUAUGCUGUUAAAUGGAAAAGGUGGGGAAUGGGGAUAGUAAAUGAAAAGACUGGAAGGACAAUAAAAGCAACCAAUCUCUAGCUGUUCUGUAUUUUUCAUCUAGGCACCAUUGAUGCAAUAAUCAUAUUGAUCUUUGUUUUUGACAAAAAAUAUUGGGGGGUCUUGGUGUCGGAUAAGAUCCCACCAAUUGGUUGUUCUUACUUGCCCAGAGAGACAAUGGGUUAGAUGCAAAGCAGCUGCAUUUUUAUAUUGCUCAAUCCUCAUCCCCAACUCGAACCCCACUUCCAUUCAAGGGAUAACGCACUGAUACAGGGGAGAAUGGAUCCGGCGGAGGUUCGAAAUGAAGAAAUUCCUCAAGCAUCUCAUUUGGCCCUCGAUAUUGGAGGCUCUCUAAUCAAAUUGGUAUAUUUCUCAAGAAAUGAUAAUAGUCAUACAGAUGAUAAAGAGCAAAGGACACUUAACGAGGGUCUUGGUGUUUCCAGUGACGGCAGUUGCCCUAUUCUUAAAGGGAGGCUCCAUUUUGCAAAAUUUGAAACAAGCAAGAUAAAUGACUGCUUGGAGUUUAUUCGAUGCUACAGACUUCACCUUGGUGGUUUCCAGCAUCAUGAGACUCCUAGUAAUAAGAUCAUUAUUAAGGCCACAGGCGGAGGGGCAUACAAGUUUGCCAACCUCUUCGAAGAAGAGCUUGGGAUUAGUCUUGACAAAGAAGAUGAGAUGGACUGCCUUGUGACCGGUGCAAACUUUCUGCUUAAGGAAGUCCAACAAGAAGCUUUCACAUACUUGGAUGGUCAUAAGGAAUUUGUGCAGAUUGAUCAUAACGAUUUGUACCCCUAUCUUCUUGUUAAGAUUGGUUCUGGUGUUAGUAUGAUCAAGGUAGAUGGAGAUGGCAAGUUUGAGAGAGUUAGUGGUACCAACCUAGGAGGGGGCACAUUUUGGGGUUUAGGAAGGCUUUUAACUAAAUGCAAGAGUUUUGAUGAGUUACUGGAGCUAAGUCAUCAAGGAAAUAAUAGAGUUGUUGACAUGCUUGUUGGUGAUAUCUAUGGUGGAAUGGACUAUUCAAAGAUUGGUCUAUCAGCAACAACAAUCGCAUCCAGCUUUGGCAAGGCAAUUUCUGAUAAUAAAGAGCUGGAAGACUACAGAUCUGAAGAUAUCUCUCGGUCCCUUUUACGUAUGAUUUCAAAUAAUAUUGGACAGGUUGCUUACUUGAAUGCACUUCGAUUUGGGCUCAAGCGGAUAUUCUUUGGUGGAUUUUUUAUACGUGGUCAUGCAUAUACCAUGGACACAAUUGCUGUUGCAGUUCAUUUCUGGUCUAAAGGUGAGGCCAAAGCGAUGUUCUUGCGGCAUGAAGGGUUUCUUGGAGCGCUAGGCACAUUCAUGAGCUAUGGAAAACAGAGUUAUGAAGGCUUAUCAGUGGAUCAAGCAACACAACAAUUCCCGAUGAGUCUGUCCCAUGCUGGAGAUAAGAUCUACUGCCCCCUAAGUCAAGAUUUGAAUGACAGUAUUGAGUGCAGUGUCUAUGCAACCCAGCAUCAUUCCUAGCAUCCAUCUUCUUAGGCUUAUAUAUAGACUAAACAAGCUGAACCCCAACUACACCACGCCAGUUGAGGUGUUGAAAGUUGCAUAAUAUAUGUAACAUAGAUGAUACAUUGUAGGACCCUUGAAUGGAAAGGAAUACAGAAAACAAUAAAUAGAGUGAGGACUUACAUUUAAACAUGAUCGUGUAGUGUUUGUGCCUGACUCCAUUGUGCUGUGUAUGAUGUGUAAACUUCAAUAAAAUGGUUUCAAGCUC